AUGAACAAACCGCCUGCUACAGUUAGUGAAAACGAAGAAGUAGAUCUUGUCAGACAUCCACAGAAUGCCUACAAGGGACCAGCAAAGUCAAUCGUGGGUCCAUCACCAUUGCGUGCACCACCUCGCCGGCCACCGCAGCAGUCUGCUCAACAACCGCGAUUUGAACAGCAAGAGGGGCAAAAAAGGGAAGAAGAAGAACAAGACGACGACGAGGAGGAGGAGGAGGAGGAGGAGGAGGAGGAGGCAAACGAACCGGAGGAGCGGGAGGGAAGUGAAGAGACCGAUCUUAUUAGACGUCGGGAACCUAGACCCAUUGUGCAGACUAAUACCCCAGCUCCUGGACGCUUACAGCCAGCAUCACGAGAUACUGUACAGAGAACGUGGAUAGGUGGACCGUCGCCUGCGCCGCCGCAUCCGAGGCCUAUACCCAGAUUGCCACCUCCUAAUACCGCCAUGGGCACGCUUGGACCGACUGAGGGUACGAGGCCGGAUGGGAUACGGCGUAGACAAAUGUCGACUGGAGCACCAUUAGAACCCCGCCAACGAAGCAACCGUGAGCGUCGAGGUCCAAACUUUGGAGAGAAUAGCUCCGAAGAUGGCCGGUGGCUUGACAGAGCGACUGCAACUACAACGAACCUGUUUGCACAGGCCAAGUUUUUAGUGAAUAGCAGUCCCUUCAGCCUGGGCAGACGAUAUCCAACUGAUGAAAGCGAAAGGGAUGCGGCUAUUCAGAGAGACAUCACCGAAGCCGAAGCCGAGGUCGCGCGUGAGAGACUAAGGGAGGAGGAAGAGGCUGCCUACCAUCGCAGUUACCAGAGAUGGUUGUGGCUGAAGUCUUUUGUGCCGUUCAUAGGCCGAGAACAAACCGAUCAUGACGGCGCAGGUGCUCGGCCGAGCAAUCGUUGGAGCACUUUCGGUCUGUUACGCUUCUUGAACCCAAUGACGUACGUUCGGGCCAUUGGAUGGUUGAUCCAGGCAAUACUGGACUGGAUAAUGGAACUUGUCCACUUCAUUAUCCCAGCUGGCGUUUGGGACCAACUAUCGUCAGUAUUUGGAUUUCUGCCGCAUAUACUGGCCGGGGCGCUGGCAUUUGUGGCAGCCUUUGCCUUGGCAACUCAACUCGCUGGCUCGACGGACAGCAGUUGGGCCCCCAAUGCCGUCGAAGCGACACUACGAACGUUUGAUGAUGUGCGAUACCGAAUCAGUGAUCUGAUCCCAACUGUCACCUGGCCGAAGCGAGACCGCUGGGUAGACCUUGAGGACCUAUGGGAAGAUGACGACUCGUCAAGAGAUAAGCUUCAGCACUUUCUCAGUCGCAUGGAGGAGGAAUUUUUGACAUUAAAGCGGUCAGGAAAGAUUCAUGAUGCUUCUCUCAAGAAGCUGGAGAAUAUCCUUCCCAGCAUUGUUCACAUGGAACUGAAAGACGGCAGACCAGUCAUUUCGGAAGAGUUUUGGCAUGCCUUGCGAGAUUUGAUCCACGGAGACGGCGGAUUCUUUGCUUUUGAUAAGGUUGGAAACGAGUAUGUCGUGUCAUCUGAUCGGCAGUGGAGCGCAAUCACCUCGCGACUGCUUCGCGAUCCAGCAUUUACAACUAAGCUCAACCUUACGGCAUCGGCACUGGAAGAUAGGCUGAGCCGCAAGAUGACCACCUUUUGGGACAAGUGGGUCAAAGACAAUGAUGACAAGAUUGCCCAUUUGCUUGGAACAGCAGUCGAUCAGAUCAAGUCUGCUGGGUCGCAAAGGGAAUUUGAGGAUCGACUCAACAAGAUUGUGAGUGAGCAGCUGUCUCGACGAGAGGAGAAAGAGAACCAGAAUGGCAAGUUUGUUUCUCGAGAAGAGUUUCUUCGACACCUGAGAAACGAGUUUGCCAGUCUAUCGUCCCAGGUCAGAGCAGAGCUUCACGAUUUGCAGCCGCAAAUGGAGCGUUUAGUGCAACAGACCGUCGACCUUGCCACCAAAGACCUCACCAACAGCAUGAGCCGAGCAGACAUCACGGCCCUCGUCAACAAUCUCAUCGGCAAGGCCCUCGCCGAUGUUAACCUCGAAGCCAUGGCUCUUGGUAAAAUCCACAACCACUGGGGCACCGAACUGCGCAAUCAAGUCAAUUACUUUGCUGUCGGGUCUGGCGCCAAAGUUGACCCCCGCCUCACGUCCGCCACCUGGAAUCCUCGAGGCGCGGCCAUCACCCCUCAACAAUACAAGCAUGGUUGGCGUGGAUCAGAAGCCUUCCCGCCCAUAGCAGCCCUCGAACCUUGGGAAGAGGAGGGUGACUGCUGGUGCGCAGCGCGCUCCGUAAACCACAGGGGUAACCCUCACGGUGCAACACUUUCAGUCCAGCUCCACCACUCCAUCAUACCACAGCACAUUGUUGUCGAACACAUCCUGCCCGGCGCCACCACCCAGCCCGGCGCUCGGCCGAAAUCCAUCGAGGUAUGGGCCGAGAUCCUCGACCCCGAGGCCCGUGAACGUAUUCUCGACUUUGGAUCAGUCUACUUGCCAGAAGAUAAGAACGACUGGAACUACACGCCGCCUGAUUUCCCGGCGCAAUUUGUAAAGAUCACGCAGUUUGUGUACGAAGGCACGGAGCUGCACGAGGGCGUGCAUGUGCACAGGCUGAAUAGCGAGUUGCUUGCUCUGGGAGCGCACACGGACCGCGUGAUUGUGAGGGCAGUGAGCAAUUACGGCGCGGAAAAUCAUACUUGCUUUUAUAGGGUGAGGCUCUACGGGUUUAAUGUCGAGCUUGAUCGUGACGUGGCCGGAAACUCGUAUCACUAA